CUGACGCUCUUGCUGCGCUAUAAAUCCUACGAGGAAGCGGUGAGAGCAGCAGGAAUGAACAACAAUAGAAACCUAUACAAGCAGCACAGCAACACAGACUCUGCUGAUCUUUUGAUAUUUUUUUACACUUAACAUAAGGCGCUUAGGUCAAGACAAUGGCCACCUCAGCGAGUUCCAAACUGAACAAAGCUGUUAAGCAACAGUACAUGGAUCUUCCUCAGGAGGACAAGGUCCAGGCCAUGUACAUUUGGAUAGAUGGGACUGGAGAGGGGAUUCGAUGCAAGACCCGAACCUUGGAUUCUGAACCUAAGACCAUUGAGGAUCUACCUGAGUGGAACUUUGACGGCUCCAGCACCUACCAGUCAGAGGGUUCCAACAGCGACAUGUACCUAAUUCCUGCCGCCAUGUUCAGAGACCCCUUCAGGAAAGACCCCAACAAGCUGGUGCUCUGUGAAGUGCUAAAGUACAACCGCAAGCCAGCAGAAACCAACCUGCGCCACACCUGUAAGAAGGUCAUGAGCAUGGUGGAAAAUAGCCAUCCGUGGUUUGGUAUGGAGCAGGAGUACACCCUCCUGGGUACAGAUGGACAUCCCUUCGGCUGGCCUUCCAACGGCUUCCCAGGUCCACAAGGACCUUAUUACUGUGGAGUGGGAGCAGAUAAAGCAUACGGACGAGACAUAGUGGAGUCGCAUUACAGAGCCUGCCUGUACGCUGGAGUUCAGAUCUGUGGAACCAAUGCUGAAGUCAUGCCAGCUCAGUGGGAGUUCCAGGUUGGGCCUUGUGAAGGCAUCAACAUGGGGGACCACCUAUGGAUCGCUCGCUUCAUCCUUCACAGAGUAUGUGAGGAUUUCGGCGUAGUGGUGUCCUUUGACCCCAAACCCAUCUCAGGAAACUGGAACGGCGCCGGAUGCCACACCAACUUCAGCACGAAAGAGAUGCGAGAUGACGGAGGACUCAAAGCCAUCGAGGAGGCCAUUGAAAGGCUAGGGAAGAGACACAGGUAUCACAUCCGAGCUUACGAUCCCAAAGGCGGGCUCGACAAUGCCAGACGCCUGACAGGUCACCACGAAACCUCCAACAUCGAUGAGUUCUCAGCCGGCGUGGCCAACCGCGGGGCCAGCAUCCGCAUUCCUCGAUCAGUUGGCCAGGACAAGAAGGGCUACUUCGAGGACCGCCGUCCAUCCGCCAACUGCGACCCGUACGUUGUGACAGAAGCGCUGGUUCGCACGUGUUUACUCAAAGAAGAAGGAGAGGUGCCCACAGAUUACAGCAAAUGAAGUCUAAGAUGACGUGUCAUUACCAGUACUGUAUUUACCCUCGUGUCUGUUUCAAGACUCCAGAAACCGAUGUUAAUUCUUUGACUUUUCUACAUGACAGAUGAAAUAACGAUUGCAUUAUUCUAUGUGCAUUCAGCUGUAUGAAGCAACUGAUGCAGACACUGCCUUUUUUCAACAGAGCAUUUUGUUAUAGUGUCAUGGUAGUUGAUCAUUUGUAUAGACGUACAAUAUUAUAAUGUGUUAAACUUGUACUAAUUGAAAGUGUCUAAGUGCCGCAGCAUUUUGGUGCAGCUCUUCUUACUCCCACCCAAAGGAUCCCAAAGGCAUUUGAAUGUUUUAGCUGUCUCUGCCUCUGGUCACAAUGUUGUUUUUUCAUAUUGUGGAUAGGUGUGGACAUUAUGUUAGCCAAUCUACUUUUGUAUGUUUUUUUUUAAAAAUGAUGCAUGUUUGUUUCGUCUUUUUUUUCACUUGUCUUUAAUAAACUGCUAACAUUUUUA